AUGGGCGGUCUAAUACCCCUCCUCCUUAAGCCCGCUGCCGCCGGCUCCCGUGGCAGUGUUAUUUUUCCUAUCAACAGAGCACCAUCGCCCAGCCCUCCCAUUACAACACCACAGCCUGCGGCAACGUCACCAACCAUGGCUACCAGUUCGGUCGGACCUCCUAAGGCUCGAGUGCACAAGCGGUCUGCAUCGCAGCCAGCACCGCUCCCCGUUCUGCCUUAUACCUCUGCUGAAUGGAGCAAGGCUGUCUCUGAGGUCAAGCGUCAGUACAUCAACCGCAAGUACCGCCCGUGUUCUUUGCGCUGUUGCGAGAUCCUAGACAAUAUCAAGGAAUCUGCAAACGUGGAGCCAGCUUAUCUCAUCUAUCUUCACUUCUACGCCGCCAGCUCCUUUGACAUGCUCUCCCGACCUUUGCAAUGCGCCUCGCCGUAUCGGACACGGCUUCUUCAACAAGCUCGUGAACACUACACUCGAGCCUCGGAACUGAGCAAGGCGGCGGAUGAGACCAUGGCCCGCUCGUCACGGCCAUCCUCAGCGGCAACCUCAAGUAUGCAUUCGCCUUCGAGCUCUACUUCAUCCCGCGCAUCCUCGCGGACAUGGACCAACUCAACUGCUUUCUCGUCACCCACGCCAUCUGUGUGCUCCGUCGAGGACGCUGUGAACAAGCUCUCUGCGACCCAACCCCCACCAAAGAAGCGCGUCACCUUCUGCGACGUCCCCGAAGAGCCGUUCAUCCGCCCCGACUCUCCCACUCUCGGCUUCGACGACUUCCUCUGUGCCCCACCACAACCCGAACCACCGCGCUACCUGCCGGUUCUCCAAGAGGAGCCCGAGCCUGCUGAAGAACCCGCGGAGGAGGUUGCGAAGCCAGCAACGCCCGAGCCCCUGAACGAGGACUGCGAUGCCUUCGAUUUCCUCCAAGAGCGCUCCAUCCACCGCUACUGCGGCUUGCUCUCCAGCCUGCGCUCGCAGAUCGCAGUCCACAUUUCCAACAUCGAGGAGCAGCUCGCGGCACCUCGGCAAAGCGAUACGGCACGCCACUCUCUCCCCGCCAGGGCAGCGACCCCAGAGCUCAGCGACGAGCUGCGUAACCUUGACAUCAAGGCCCGCAUUGAGCGUUUGCGCCAGAACAACUGGCAACGACGUCGCUUCGAUAUCGGCCGUUACGAGGCGCUUCGCGAGAGCGUUCUCGCCGAGUUGGAAUGA